GGACUUGGCUAUCAGCCUCUCAAUGGCAUCUCCUCCCUCCCCCUUUCUUGUCUUUUCACCUCCCACUUGUCUCUUUUCUCGUGGUAUGGUCGUCAUGUAUAGUGGAAAAGAUUAAUGCCAAGAGAUUGGGUUGGAUUCUGGAGGAGGAAGAGGCAGAGAAGGCAGGAUGCUGCAGCGGGCGGCGAGCAAUGCGUACUCAUGGUGGUGGGCGAGCCACAUCCGCACCAAGCAGUCCAAAUGGCUCGACAAUCACCUCCAAGAUAUGGAGCACCUGGUCAAGUGCAUGCUCUUACUCCUUGGAGAGGAAGCCGAUUCCUUUUCAAAGCGAGCAGAGAUGUACUACAAGAGGCGGCCUGAGGUGAUCACUCAGGUGGAAGAAGUGUACCGGAUGUACAGGGGUCUCGCCGAUCGGUAUGACAUCAUGUCAGGGGAGCUGCACAAGGCAAACCACACCAUCGCUACCGCCUUCCCUGACCAGGUUCAGUAUGCGAUGCUAGAAGAGGAGGAUGACAACGUCCCAAAGGCGUUCACCCCGGUCGAUCCGCGCAAGAUCCACAAGUCGACCGUCGAUGGGCUGCUGAAGAAGAAGAAAGGAGAUGUGCCAGGAGCCGGCGGAGACAAGAAGGAACAAGCUCCGAUGAGCAAGGAGAAUGCACGAGAAGAGAUUAGCAGGCUACAGAAAGCUAUACUUGUGAUGCAGACCGAGAAAGAGUUCAUCAAGAACUCGUACGAGAGUGGCAUUGCCAAGUACUGGGAUCUUGAGAAGGAAAUCAAUGAGAUGCAGGCAAAAGCUUGCCACUUCCAAGACAAGUUCGACGUAAGCGCAGUGAUCGAGGACGAUGAAGCCAGAGCCUUGAUGACAGCGACGGCCCUCAAAUCCUGUGAAGACACCAUUGUCAGAUUGCAAGAACAGCGGAAGACGGCUGCUAAGCAGGCAUUGGACGAAUCUGAACGGGUCAAGGUGUUGAGAGAGAAGCUCAAGCCUAUAAUGGACGAACAUGGCAAGUCUCUACCGGACCUGGUGGAGAAAAACAUACGGAAGAAUCAUGUCACGGAGAUGGGAGACGUGUACCAUGUGAAGCUGGGUGAGCUGCAGAUGCAAACGUUAGUCGACAAGAUCAAGGAAAACUUCACGAGCGACUGCAACAUCACCAUGGACGAGAUCACAGAGCAGAUCGACGAGCUUGUCAACAAAGUUGUCGAUUUGGAGCUUAUGGUUUCGUCGCAGACCUCGCAGAUCGACAGAAUGCACCGCGAAAAUGAGGAGCUGGAGAAUUCCGUCAAGAGCCUGGAGGAAGAGAAAGGCUCGAGCGAACUGGACGAGAAGCUGAAGCAGGUGGAAGAAGAGCUGGUCAGAGUGCAGGCUCUCGAAAGCUCCUUCCAUAAAGACGAGAGCACGAUACGUUCAAACUUCACCGAAACGAUAAGCAGAUUCAGUAAUUUCGCCGACAUGUUGCAGUCGCCAGUUUGCGACUACCAGGCUCCUGGUUCUACUGCUCACACGUCGGCGCCAACCGGUGAGGAAGCACCGCCUCCUACCGAGCCAUCCAGCAAGAGCCAUCCACCUCCACCUGAGGAAGAAGAAGACAAACAACAGGUAGAAGAAGAGAAGGCCGCCGUCGUGCAGACUCCUCAACCCCAACAAGCCAGCACUGAAGAUGCUGCUGCUGCUGCUCCUCAACCCCAACAAGCCAGCACUGGAGAUGCUGCUGCUGCUGCUGUUCCUCAACCCCAACAAGGCAGCACUGGAGAUGCUGUUGCUGUUCCUCAAUCCCAACAAGCCAGCACUGGAGAUGCUGCUGCUGCUGCUCCUCAACCCCAACAAGCCAGCACUGGAGAUGCUGCUGCUGUUCCUCAAUCCCAACAAGCCAGCACUGGAGAUGCUGCUGCUGCUGCUCCUCAACCCCAACAAGCCAGCACUGGAGAUGCUGCUGCUGCUGCUGCUGCUGCUCCUCAACCUCAACAACCCAGCACUGGAGAUGCUGCUGCUGCUGCACCCGUUGAUGUGGUGAAAACAGGGGCGGCAGCGAGCGCUACUGGUGCGUCUGUCGUAGAUGGCACUAAAAAUUCAGAUCAUGGGCAUGAGAAGAUUUCGCGGCCGGGUUCGCUGGCACGGCUUCGCCACAUCUCUUCUGACGCUGAAGAAUCUGAGGAGCAAAAGGAGAAGGGCUGUGUUGACGGUGACAUGAAGAAACUGCAAGAGCGGCUCAUGGAUGGCCUGGAAGAUAAGGAGAAGGUCCUGCUAUCCGAGUACACCUCGCUCCUGGAGGACUACAAGGACACCAAAAGGAAGCUGCUGGAUGUGGAGAAGAAGAACCAGGAGUGCCUCAAUGAGAUCAGGUCGCUGCGCAAUCUUAUCGGAGAGAAGGAGAAGGAGAAGGAGAGGGAGAGGGGCAGCAUCAGAGGAGGACACAGGAGGACACCCAGCCUUAGCCAUCAGAGGAAGCAGAGCCUUUCUUCCAUCUCUAAGCUCAUCAGGAUGGGCUCAAACAUGCAAGACGACCCUCCUGCUGCUGACCUUGACGACAUGAGGCUGCCGUCCAUCGCCGAGGUUGAGAACCCGUCGCCGCUGGAGGAGAAGUUCAGGCGCGACAUCGACACGCUGCUGGAGGAGAACCUCGAGUUCUGGAUGAAGUUCAGCUCCUCCAUGGGCCGGGUGCAGGAGUUCCAGAACAAGUACGACGACCUCAGGAGGGUCACGGCGGACGGCGCCGACGGCGAGAAGAAGCUCCGGGCGCUCAAGACGGAGCUGCAGGUGUGGUCGGAGCAGAACGCGAUGCUGCGGGGCGAGCUGCAGUGCAGGUUCGCGUCGCUCUGCGACAUCCAGGAGGAGAUCUCGACAGCCCUGGAGAUGGACACGGAGCAGGCGGAGGAGGCCGAGGAGGGGGCGCCGCGCUUCACCUCCUACAGCGCCGGCAAGUUCCAGGGGGAGGUGCUCAACAUGCAGCAGGAGAACAACCGGGUCUCCGACGAGCUGCAGAGCGGCCUCGACCACGUCAAGACGAUCCAGUUUGCCAUCGAGAAGAAGCUCAAUGAGGGCGUCAACCUCUCCUCCCCCGCACCGGCGGAGGAGGGGGAGGAGGAGGUGGUCGGGCCGGACGGGGUGCUGGCGCGGGUGCCGACCAAGGCCAAGGUGCCGCUGCAGAGCUUCCUGUUCCCGACCAAGCCCAAGAAGCCGUCGCUGUUCGCGCGCGUCACGCCGGCCGUGCUCCACAAGCAGCAGUUAGACAUGAAGUUAGACAUGAAGUUCCUCCCCAAGUUGCCAAGGUAGCCACCCACACAAGCAGCAGCAGCAGCAGGGAUAUGUCAUUUAGCUUAAAUUAACUAACUAGCAGAUGGGAUACCUUUUUUUUUUUUGAUGAAAUGCUCCAAGCUAUGUGUGAUUGAACCAAACUAUUCUUGUUUUGUUUUCUAGGGCAUUGUAAUUUGUUGUAACCUCUGAGAUCAAUGGAAGAAAGACAAAUCAUUUUCCCCUUUUCAUUUUCAUCUGUCAGGAAACAAACCUACUUGUUGUAAUUUGCUCCAGGAAAUUCAGUGCUGUGCUUAUCUAGCUUA